GCCAACUUUAAGGGUAAAGAACAGUCGUUGUGUGCUUGUCUGUAUUUUGAUCAUUCAGAAGAUUAAAUGGACUGGAUUUUUAGCUGUUUAAUUCUCUUUUAAAUUUGCAAGUGAAUUUUGUAGACUAUGUUCGUAAAUUCGCAUGAUUCAACUUGAUUUUCAAUGGGCGUUAUAUACUAAUGAUGGAGUUCGAGAGAUUAUCGGAAAAUAUAUCUGAACAGCUUGUUCAGAUGACGAAGUCGUUGAGGUCUUUUCGAGAUCGUUCACUCUUCACUGAUGUUAUAUUAUGUGCUGGUGAUGAAGAACUCCCUUGCCACAAGGCAGUACUAGCUGCUAGUUCAACAUAUUUCUUAGCCAUGUUUUCAUCACCAUAUAAAGAACAACAAACAUCUCGAGUUAAGUUAGAUUAUAUUUCUCCUUGGGCUCUUCGUCGUUUGCUUGAUUUUGCAUAUAUUGGUUGCUUAGAAAUUACAGAAGCCACUGUACAAGAUAUAUUUCUUGCUGCUAGUUUACUUGACUAUCCAAUAGCUAUCAAAUAUUGUGUUGAAUUCAUGAAGAGUCAUUUAGAUGUUACAAAUUGUUUAGGUAUCGAGGCAUUGGCUGAAAUGCACAAUAUUACUGAUUUAGCUCAAUCAUCGCAUAAAUUGGCUGUAGAAAAUUUCUCAAGCUUACUAAGAGAAUCUAACGAAUGGACCAGUUUGCCUAUUUCGACUGUCAUUUCAUAUAUCUCUUCAGAUGACUUGGAUGUACCUUCGGAACAAUUUGUAUGGGAUGCUUGUAUUAAUUGGGUCGACCAGUCUUCUGAAACACGAAUUGUCUACCUCCCUCAACUACUGUCACAUAUUCGUUUGAAAUAUUUGGAAAAAGAAAUGUUGGAAAUUCAAUUACAAGAAAAUCCUUUAAUUAUUGAAUGCAAAAUUGCUCAGAAUAUCAUCAGAUAUUUUCUUCACAAUGCUUAUAACGGUGAUGAUAAUCCAUCAAUGUAUGUCAACAAUUUACCAGCUCGCCUAGCUACACUGAAACAUCCUACGUUAGUUGUUUUAGGUGGUCUCAAUACAUGCAUUUUAAAUUGUAUGCAGUCAUUUUCACCAUCUAGAACAGUAUGGCAUACGUGUCCUUCUAUGCCCGUGGACAGUUUAGCGUGGUUCUCUGUUUCUGUCAUUGCAAAUACUCUAUUUGUUAUUGGUGGAAUUAAAGCCGGUACACUCAUGGAUUCAGUGUAUGCGUAUUCACCUGUUCGAUCUUCAUGGAGUCAACGCAAAUGUAUGCCGCAGGCGAGGGCUCGGCAUUUUUCUGUUUCUGUUGGUAGCCGGUAUAUUUUUGUAUUCGGUGGUGUAACAAUGUCUAUAAACUCUAAUCAUCGAAAUCAUUCAUCAGAUCGUGUAAUUAUAAAUCAUUUACAAGAAACUAACCCUUUGUCAAACAGGCGGAAUUAUGUUUCCUCACGAUUGUCAGCAUUCAACCCAAAUCUUCCAGUAACUGAAUUAGAUAUUCCUACAUUAAAUUUUGAAAAAUCCAUCAUUCGAUAUGAUAUCUGUAGCGAUACAUGGGCUAAUGUAGGAGAAACGGAUAAUCCAAGGCUAGAGUCACAUGUAGUCUUGAUUAAUGAAUCGAAUGAGAAUGCAAGUUUCAAUCUACAACCAUCUGAUGGAAUUCAUGAGACGGAUAGUGAACAAACUUCAUUACGUUCAGAUUUAUCAGAUAACACAUCAGUUUCAGAAAAUAAUAUUACCAACAACAACAGUAAUGGUACUAAUCAAACCAAUAAAACCCGUCGAAGAAAUAAUUCUAUGAAUGUAAAUUUUGAACGUGUUUUUGUUGAAAUCGGUGGAAUAACUGAAACACAGCCGCAUGGUACGGAUCAGGUUGCUUUUUAUCGUUUACGUCCUGAUUAUACAGUAUUUUGCACUGCGGAUUACAUAAAACUUCCACAACAAGUUCGCUAUGUGAACUGUUGUGUGCAUCAAGAUACCAACCUGGUGUAUAUAUUUUGGGAAUCAACAAGUGAAUUGUCAGUUUUGGAUCUUCGUCGUCAUACACUACGUUCACUAGCUCCCUUGGUUUCUUCCUCCACUUCAUCUCCAAACGAAGCGCGGAUAUAUGCUGGGUUAUCGUGGGUCGGAGAGUAUUUGUAUGUGGUUGGAGGAUUUAGUGAGUUUGUUGGUGAUGAUCGACGUCCUACUGUUCCACGAGAUGAUGUCCACUGUUAUGAUCCGACGACGAACACAUGGUCCUGCAUUAAAGUUCUAAAUACAACAGUCCCUCGAGCUAUCUUCGGCUGUGUUUGUCUCAAUAUGUGAUACACCAAUAUUAGGGUUGUACGAACUUCCAUAUCCUAUACAUAUAUAAAAAUAUCAUAACAAGAAAUAUGUUUAUUUGUAUACCUAUUACUAUUUUAAUGUGAUACUUCCUAAUCGUAGGACCUAAGUAUAAGGAUAUUUUCUGUUCACUUAUUUUCAUUUGUGAUUUUUCUUCCUUUGAAUUUUAACUCUGUCCAUAAUGCUACGACAUAUAUUUGCUCUUUAACUUGUCAAAUUAUUUCCUCAUUUUAAUUGUCCCGCUGGUUCGGGUCGUACAUUUCUUCUAUGAGAUAUCACUUAGGUAUUAUAAUCAUCAAAGUGUUAUCCACAAAAAUGCAUUUAUACUGUUGUCAAGUUAAUUUCGUUGUUUUUCAUUUCUCUAAUAAUGGAAGCAUCCAUAUACGUCUUUUUAAAUUAUUUAUUUAUGGUAUAAGACUCAAUAGUUUUCUUUGGGAAUUACCUUAUUUUGUAGUUACUUAAUGAUGAAUGGCACUAUCAUUCCUAUAAUUGUCUGCCCAUAGUUUGGAGCAGUAGGAUUGCGGCUAAUUGGUCAAAAUAUUUGACUUUCAAUAUCCAGGUAGAAGGUUCAGACCUCAUCCCAUCUACCUUGGUUUCAGCACUAGAUUUUAUCAUUGCCUCUCAUGCCUAAAACGUGACUCAGAUCCAAAUAUAUAAAAAGUUGACUCAGUGAACUACUUUACUAUUUACAUUGUCCUGAGAGACUAAUAGGGAUACGAAUCAAUUUUUCCGUUCUGAUUGAUUUCACGCUAGGUUUGAGCGACACUCAUAACUGGUGAAAUCCAGCCAUUGAUUUUAGUAUCUAGCUACCUGAUUUGUUCGGUACUUUAAUGGGUAGAAGACUAAGGAGAUAUGAUUCACCUUGGAUAGUAGUCUUGUAUCAUAGUUGCUUGGUUUUCUGCUACAGAGAACAGCAGAAACAAACCAAGGAUGAAGUAUUGGAAUGUAUCCUAGGAGAAAACAAGUAAGGCAUCGCUUAGCCCUCAGGGAGAGAUUCCGCAUAUUUCACAAGAUCCAGUAUAAGUAUACACUUAUCCACUAAAAGCCAUUAACAUGAGUUUAUACUGUCCUUUUUUUAACCCUUGCACCAAACAUUCAAGUAGAUGGUGGUUCGGAAUGACACUAUAAUCUAACCUCUUGUGGCCCAUGUAUGCUUACAACCUGCCGUACAAAAUUGUUGCCUGGCCUUAAAAACAUUCGCUUGAUACUUGCCUGAAAGAAAUAAACCUUCCAAGCAGUCGUAGGGCAAGUGGCUUUCAAACUUCGAAGAAUGAGCUAAUAUGAGGAUUAUCAACGCAACCCCGGGACGUGGCCCAUUUCGUCUUUUUCAAACUUCGGUUCGGUAUGAUGUCUGUACAGACUCUUAAAGCUGUUAUUAAAGUUAAUUCAUCUGUGUUCGUCACAAAAGUAUUGCUUCUUUACGAAGUUAGUCUGAGACUAUAGACUAUCUGAUACCUUGAUCAGUCUAGCCAGUGUUUCGUCAAAACUUGUAUCCGCUUCAUCCAAGGUUAAUUACUAUUAGGGCCGAAGCUGGUGUUGACACCACAACCAGAUCUCGGCUAGGUGAGCGUAAGAAGCAGUUGGUAACUGUGCGUAUUACUUAUUGUCGUGUCAACCACCUAUCUUGAAAACCAACUGUAGACUCAUCUUUCUCUGGGAUAUUUGUUAUGUAUACGGCAGUUUAUGCGCAUCUAAACAGUUGAUGCUUUUAAAUAAAAAUAAUAUAUUUGUAAUAUCCCAAUGAGUAGAAAAUUGGAUUUUUCUGACGUUUCGUGACUUAGUGUAAGUCACUUCUUCAGAGAAUAAACAACCAAAUUAACAUUAAUCCAAAUUUAUAUGCUAUGAAUAAUGCAAACUUUUAACAUUUAAUAUUGUAGGUGACUCGUUAUGGUUGUAGAACUGUCAUUUUGAUGCUUUUCCUACCAUCACUGCUCGCAACCAUCAAGGUUUACGUUACAACUGACUUCACUUAGGGUCAGCCAUAAAGUCGCAUCCACUCGUUAGUUCAGAUGAAGCUUAGUAUAGCAUGUGAACCACUGGCGCAACUCGAUAACAGAUAGGCAUUCAAUGCGUCUAUAUGCAGCGGACCAACAAAAAAAACAGAUAUCCCGGGUUUACACAUUAUGUAGAAAAGAUACCAUAGUCCUUCAUUUCUUGGAACCCUCGAGGUGCAUCCACUUGUUUCAAUCCAAUACCCGGCCAGACCACAUUCGUAGAUUAAGAAAUGAUUAGUGGUUCGUUGCUACAAUGGAUAAUACCGACGUAUACAUGGCCGUUGUUAAUUUAUGACAGAAUUCCUAAGCCAUUUGCCUCAGUGUUUUAAACUGCUCUUAGUAAAAAGGACUACUGUCAGGAAAAAUUCAACAGGUCAUUACAAUCACUUAUUCGCCAGACACCUACAAAAUAACUUUAUAUCCUUUCAGUUUCCCGAAUUGGGUAAUGUUUAUCUGAGUGUUUGACAACUGUGAUUAUAAGUGCAAAUCAUUUGCGUUCCAUCCGUUAUAUAUGUAAUAAAAAUACAGAUAUAAACCGGUGCUUUUAUUUCCGCCAUGUUCAUACUGAGCGGUCUAUUAAUGUAGUAAGGUGAACUAACAGAUAAGACGUAGUGGAUUCGAUAUUCCUCCUUAAAAUUUCUGAAAUACCUCAACUCACAAGUUUAAACGGCCAACGUUUUCUGACCCAAAGUUUUUAGUACGAUGAAAUAACAUCGUCUGAAAUAGUAGGGUGAAGGAAGCAUUUUUCUAUCGUUAUAUGUAAGUAAAAUACAUAAUAACUGUGUCCAAAUCAUUUUGCUGUAGCCCGACUACUCAUUCGCUAAAAAAGAAUUUCUUUUUGUAAGCAUCUCUAAAGCUUAUCGGUUUUGUUACUUUGGGCUUAGUUGAAGUGCAUCCGGAGUACCCUUCUGAAAGCAUAUCUUGUUCUUAACAAAUGAAUCUGCAAUUCAUAAUCCUGACAUACUUAUCUUAUGAAGAUGAAACGAUUGUAAAAUAGAGCCACGUUUUCAGGACAAUCCCUGAGUACUUUAUUUGUGUCUAUUAAAUAAAGAAAUACAAUUUAGAGCAUUAAGUUUUUCGUAUAUAUAUAAUUGCAUCGGUCGUUAAACAAAUGCAUGACUAAAAACACAGGAGUUCUAAAAUGGGUUUAGAUUGUCAUAGGAAAAAAGUUUGUACAUUCCGUGUACACAGGUGCUAGAUGCUUUCAAAUAACUAUUAGGAAUUGGUUUCAUGAAAAAAUGGCGAAACAGUUAGUUAGUUACUUUGUACUUAUUAAUAUUGAAAGAUAUCAUCAAUAUCUGAUGAAUUAAUAUACGUACACUGAUACCAUAGUAAGAAUAUGACAACAAUGUUUACAUAAGAUGAAUUAUUGAGGAAGUUUUGAUUGAAAUAAUACACAAAAAUUAACAACGCAAAGAAAUCAACGACUUGGAUGUAAUCCCAGAGUAAAGCCUCUGAGAAGUGACGGAUGAAGUAAAGAUAAGCUACAUAAUUAAAUGAAUGUGCAGGACAGAAACAAAACAGUAAAUGAGGGCUGAAGUAUCACACCCGUGAUCUGCAGUGAGCUUUUCCUAAAGAAAAAAAACAUCAUGACGUUACUCCAAAGCAGAGUACAUAAUGACCUGCUUUAGAACUUUGGUUUGACUUGUCUCACGGAUUUCUCCGGCCAGAAACAUUUCAUCAACAACGCUGUAAACUUUAUAGAAGUUAAAGACGAGGUCCAAUUCACAAACAUUGUGGAACAGUUCGUUCAAGACUUCUACAAAAUUAUGGAUCGCUUCUAGGUAUGCGAGACUAUUGUCCAUUAGGUCUAUACACAUACAAAAAUACAAGCCAGCAUAACGACGAUAAACUAUCUUGAAAUUUCGAAAUUCAACAAAGUUAGUAUGCUUGGCAUCUCGUACAGUGACUAAGGCAUGAACUUCUUCAAUUAAUUUUUGUUUCUCCUCGUCAUCAAGAUUCAUAUACCAUUUAGCCAAGCGAGUUUUGCCGGCUCUAUUUUGUAUAAGAAUAAACCUGAUCAUAGGCAGUGUCCUUGAAAAUAAAUGUGGCUCUCAAUCGUCUU